UUGACCUCUUUCAAGUUUCAGCAACCAUAACUCACUCACUCUGUAAUGAAUGAUUCAUAUUCUUUGUUCUCCGAGUCUCGACCAUGUCAAAUUUCUCGUCUUGGUUCUCUCGCUUGCGCUCUUCUUCCAACUACUUCUAUCGCACUAUCCAUAAUAUAACAACUCACUCGAAUGCAACCAAUGUGCUGACCUCACACCGCCCAAGGAUGACGUGGACAGGUUCUGUGCUUCCUCUUGCGGUGGCUGUAUGCGGUGCUUCAUUUGCGCUUCAUCCACACUUCAAUCCUUCCUUGUGUGACGCCUCUGUUCCCUCUGAUGCCAUUAACAACAGCUUUGGGGGCAAAGGUAGCACCCAGUAUGCCGUUAAGGGAUCACACACAGAAUUUCCGCACGAGCUUCUCCACGAGUUGAAACUCAUCUGUCAGGAUAACUUAUCACUUGAUUAUGAUGAAAGAUACCACCAUGGAAAACCACAAAACAGCUUUCAUAAGGCUGUCAAUAUCCCCGAUGUUAUCGUUUAUCCAAGAUCUGAAGAGGAAGUUUCCAAGAUUGUAAAAUCAUGUAAUGACUAUAAGGUUCCUAUUGUACCUUAUGGUGGAGCUACAUCAAUUGAGGGUCACACCUUAUCACCUCACGGAGGGGUUUGCAUUGACAUGUCAUCAAUGAAAAGAGUGAAGGCAUUACAUGUUGAUGACAUGGAUGUUGUUGUUGAGCCUGGAAUUGGAUGGAUGGAACUUAAUGAGUAUUUGGAACCUUAUGGUCUAUUUUUUCCACUUGAUCCGGGUCCUGGUGCAAGCAUUGGAGGCAUGUGUGCUACACGCUGCUCUGGGUCUUUAGCUGUGAGAUAUGGAACUAUGCGUGAUAAUGUGAUCAGUCUCAAGGUAGUUCUUGCCAAUGGAGAUAUUGUGAAGACUGCAUCUCGUGCUAGAAAGAGUGCUGCAGGGUAUGACCUGACCCGUUUGGUGAUUGGAAGUGAAGGAACACUUGGUGUUGUUACAGAAGUAACACUAAGACUUCAGAAAAUUCCCCAGCAUUCAGUGGUUGCCAUGUGCAAUUUCCCUUCUGUUAAGGAUGCAGCAGAUGUUGCUAUUGCCACUAUGAUGUCUGGUAUACAGGUGUCAAGAGUUGAGUUAUUGGAUGAAGUUCAGGUGAAAGCCAUCAAUGUUGCUAAUGGGAAGAAUUUCCUUGAAUGUCCAACGUUAAUGUUUGAAUUUAUAGGAACAGAGGCAUAUGCACGUGAACAAACACAAAUUGUUCGGGGAAUUGUUUCUAAGCACAAUGGAUCAGACUUUGUAUUCGCGGAAGAACCUGAAGCUAAAAAAGAACUUUGGAAGGUAAGGAAGGAGGCACUUUGGGCUUGUUUUGCAAUGGAACCUAAUAUGGAGGCAAUGAUUUCGGAUGUAUGUGUUCCCUUAUCUCACCUUGCUGAUUUAAUUUCAAGGUCAAAAAAGGAGUUGGAUGCAUCACCACUGGUUUGCACAGUAAUUGCUCAUGCUGGGGACGGUAAUUUCCACACGGUAAUUCUCUUUGACCCUAGCCGAGAAGAACACCGGAAGGAGGCAGAGAGACUCAACAGCUUUAUGGUUCAUGCUGCUUUGUCAUUGGAAGGAACUUGUACCGGUGAACACGGUGUUGGAACUGGGAAAAUGAAGUACCUUGAAGAAGAACUGGGAGUGGAAGCAUUAAGGACAAUGAAGAAAAUAAAACAAGUGUUAGAUCCCAACAAUAUCAUGAAUCCUGGAAAGCUCAUCCCUCCUCAUGUUUGCUUGUAAUGAUAUAUCAUCAUUCACUCCAAGCAUGGUCUUCUCAAAUUCCAUAUCUGUAUAAUUCGCUUUUGUACCAUAUAAGAGCUUAGUUUACCCUAUUGUUUUGUUCAUAAGAAAUGCUUCAUGGCCCAUUUAAUUUUGUGGUCUUGAGUUUCUCCUUUGUGUGCGGAAUUUCUGUAUAUCCACUUUUCAAGUGAGAAAAAUAAAUAUGAAGUUAAGAGCUUCUCUUA